UCACUUUUCAACCAUCACUCCAAAAUCCAAAUACUACAUUACCUAUACCCUACCUCCAACACUCGCUUCACAUCCAGCGACCCGAUUCAAAAUGGCGGAUACACAGGCCACUCAAACAACCAUAACGGAGCAAUCCGACUCCAACCCAAUGACCUUAGGAAAGCGAGUGAAUGGCAAAAAUUGGCACGAACCGAAAACCGCAUUUCGCCCUACCGCUGGCUUGACAUCAUUCGCCAAACGCAUGGCGAAACAAAAGGCCCUCGACUCCGUCAAAGCAAAGGAACGAGAAAUGAAGGAGGAGAAAGCAGCAUCGCGACAAAAAUGGAUCCAAGGUAUCAAGGACCGCCGCGAGGCAAAGGCAGAGAAGGAAAGAUACGCAAAAAUGGCCGAGACCAUGCAUCAGAAACGGGUGGAGCGUCUGAGGAGAAGGGAAAAGCGAAACAAAAUGCUGAAGUCAUGAGAACGAUGCCUUUAUUACCCCGGACGGCUGUACUCACGUCCAUUUGGACUCGGUGGAGAAGCCAUUUUCUACUGUGCCAUGCUAUUCGCCGUCGAUCCAUCUGUGGAUGGUAAUGAUUCCAUUAAUGGUACGUGAAGCCAGCUCUUACGAGCUCCAUCACGCUAACAACAUAUCGAG